UCACUGUAUUUAAUAAUGCAUUAUUAUAUUUCAUAGGUGACACUGAAAAAAAUGGCCGGUUCCUACAACAAACGUUGACUCUCCUUAAGACACUUGUGUUCUUGUUAACAGAAUGGCGAGCUUAGCUGAUGUGUUUAAUGAUCAAGAAAGGACAAACUGGCUGAAGGCGUGGUUUAUUAUAGACAUUGCGAAGUCUGGCUUGGAUAACUUAGCUGACAACGAGGCUCAGAAUUUUCACAAGCACAUUUACAGCCAAGUAGGAUCUACUUGCAAUGGCUGUUCUACAACAAAGUUACUGCAUCGCAAACAAUGUCAAAAGAAGAUUUUUGAUAAAGUUUGUCAGGAAAUUAUCAAGGAACAUCGGUAUAAUAGAUUGUCUUGAAAGAAUACAUCUGCGCAAUUGUGGAAAACAAACUAUUGGGAAAUAGCAAAGUGCUAUUUCCCACCAGAUGGAUAUGCUGCCACGAGAUCAAUGCAAGAUACAGACUUCAACGGAGUCGUAAGUUUUAUGCUGAACUGCACACGCUUUGAUAGCAAGUUCUCUUUCCCAAUAACAACGGGAAAGCCAACCCACAACGCUGCGUGCCUCCUGUAUAAGGCUCGUGAAAUCGUGAAAGCUGUGCGUCACUCGUCCAUAAUGAAAGUCACGGACGUUGAUCUCCAAAACUACUUCACAACAUUUACCAGCCUGCUGAGUGACUCACAAUAUCUAAGUCAAGAUAGCGAUGCCCAAAAUGCUGUGAAGAAAUUAGCCCAGUUGGAAAAAGACACCUUACUAUUGACUACAACGGAGAUGAUGUGUUCCCUGGCUGCUGUUAGUACAUUUUUGAAGCAGCAAUUGAGAGAUGUUGCCAAAGAUGUUGUUGAUGCAUCAGUGAAUGACCUCAGAGUAAACACAGGAUUGUGUAUUGGUAGCAUUAAAGCCUAUCUGGUUAAAUGUAAGAAAGACUUUAAUGAGAAUGCAGACAAGCUCACGCAAGCCUUUGAUGAAAAUGCAGACAAACACAUGCAAGCCUUUUAUGAGAACGCAGACAAACACAUGCAAUCCUUUGAUGAGAACGCAGACAAACACACGCAAUCCUUUGAUGAGAACGCAGACAAACGCACACAAGCUUUAGAUGAGAACGCAGAAAAACACACGCAGGAUUAUAAUGAACUCACUGCCAUACGCACACGAAAAUUUGAUGAGCAUGCAGACAAACGCACGCAGGAGUAUGAUGAACUGACAGACAUACGAAAAAAAGAUUUUGAUGAGAACGCAGACAAACGCUUGAGGGACAUCAAUGAGCUGCUUGGAAAUACCAUUUUUACUGAAACUUCCUACAAACAGUCAUGUGAAGAACUGUUGCGAGCGAUGAUGAAGCAUUACGCCAAAACACUCAGUCAUGUUACAACCUCGCCAUUAAAUGACUGGGUUCAAGCACGUUUAGAUGACAUUUACAUGCCACCCGAUUUGCAGCUCAUGAAAAAAGUCAAGGGGUCCUUUAUAAAAACUGGUACACAAAUUACAGAAUACAUGAAUGUGUUUUUAACGGAUGGUGAACAAAGCCGGCAUACGUUUAUUCAAGGGGAAGCGGGUUCUGGAAAAUCCACUUUCCUCGCCAAGUUAAUUAUGGACUGGUGUAGUGCUUCAACGAGAAAAUCAGUCGAAGCGUUUUCGACGGCUGAAACUAACAGCGGCGAUCAUGAUUCCAGAUUAAAAUGCGAUCAUUUCUUUAAAGAUUUAAAGAUUCUAACAUCUUACAAGUUCAUUUUUCAUGUCACUUUAAGGGAUUCGUUACAUGAGUUUGACAUUUUAGAGAUGAUUAAACAACAAAUAAUUGACUCCAUUUACAGCAAAGAAGAUCGUGAUACUGCGUACACUCUGCUGAAUGAGAUCAUGAAACGUGAACGUUGUUUGGUUCUACUGGAUGGGCUAGAUGAGUGGACCGGUACUGUAGGUCAUAACCUGCCGACAUUGGCUGUAUCCCUUAGCCAGUGCGAUAUGUUAAUUACAACCCGACCUUGGAAAAUGACCCAAUCGAAAAUACCCGACUCAAAAAUUGACACGUUGCUGCAACUAGAAGGAGUUAACAAGCCUUUUGAUAUUAGCAAAAGACUUUUGGCUUGUAGAGGUGAUUAUAAUGAAAUCAAGGAUUUGGACUUUGAAUCGUAUGUUUUUAAAAACGACUUGUAUAAGCUGCUGUUCUCACCGAUGAUGUUGUCGUUGAUUGUGCAUUCUUGGGCAGAAGGGACUGAACUGAAGGGCUCUAGGUGUGAAAUAUACAGUCUCUUGCUGGAAAGUCUUAUAAAGAAGGUGAACAGUGAAACGAGUGAAUUUCAACAGCCGCCCUAUCGAUGCUUCACUGCGACCCAAUACAUACAACCCAAUAUUGAAAACUUGAAUAAUAUAGCUGAAGCGGCCUUUUAUUUGUUGUUUUCAGAUACACGAGAAAAAGCUCUUGUAUUCACCAUUACGGAACUAAAUAAAUUCAAUUUAGGUCAAAUAGAUCAAGAGAACUUUGCACUGAAGUCCGGUAUUUUAUCAGCGACACGCAAGGCAUCUUCAUUAAGAUCAUAUUCAUCAUUUUCAUUUAUUCAUAAGAGCAUUCAGGAAUUCCUGGCUGCAUAUCAUAUUGCUCGCAAUACCAAUCUGAUUGAUGACGUCAUUUCCGGAUAUCUCAACAGUCACGAGGAUGCAUACCUUGACAUAUCCCAGGUGUUCAUCUUCCUCUGCGGACUGAACAUGUCGGCUGCAAAUACGCUUUCUGGCACGAUGGAUGAACAUGAUGUUGUUAAAUUUGACCGUAGGUUUCAAGACAUCAUACUGACAGGACACAGAGAAGCUGUUGCCAAUCAGCAAACUGAUAUUCUCCUCAAACUCAGUAGGUACACUGACGUCUAUGAUGAGAACAUACGAGACCUGCACAGCAUAUGGACACAAAACAAGUCCAAUGUCCUGAAAAUGAGAAUACAUGUUCUAGACAGAAAGAAUUAUGCAUCUCAUAUUGAGUUUAAACUGUCAUCGUGCAUCAAUCUGAAAUCAUUGGAACUAGAUGGAAACGGCAUAUUGCUGAGUGAUUCUGCGAGUUCGGUCAUAACAAAACAUCCAGUCAGGAUUGUUCUAAAAGGGGCAGGUCCACCCCAGUGUGCAGACUCUAUUCCAGUACUACCCUCUAUAGAAGAAAUUAUAUUGCGCAAUGUCACAUGUUCCUCUAGCUGCCUACUCAGUCUGUUCAGCACGCUUCUGACGGUCAAUCAUGAGGUGUUCUGUUGUCUGCAGGGGAUCUUUAUCGAAUGUCAAGAGGGAGCAAAAUGGAAAAUACGUGUACUCAUAAAUAAAGGUUUAGACAUGAAAUUUAGCAUAACAAUUAAUGAUGAUAGUCCUUAUAUAUGGAAGGUUCUGCAUGGUCUGAAUAUCAAGACUCUGUGUCUGAGUGGUGAUUUAAGAGAUUUAGACGUGCAUCAUGUAGAGUGGUCAAGGUCCCUAUCGUCGCUCACACACCUGGAAACACUAGAAAUAGAGACGACGCAAGUCAAUCUGUUUAAGGCUCUGCAUGGUCUGAAUAUCAAGAGUUUGAGUAUUGAUCAGAGCCAUAUAAACGUGGAUUAUGUAGACUCGUGUUCGCAGUCACUAGCAUCGCUCAAACACCUGGAAACGCUUAGUAUUAAGGCUUCUAACAACAUUAACGGCCUGUGGAAGGCUCUGCAUGGUCUGGCUAUCAAGAGACUAAUUAUUGAGCAGGGAGAUUUGAACAUGGAUGAUGUAGAGUCGCCGUCGCAGUCACUAUCAUCGCUCACACAGCUGGAAAUGCUUAUCCUUUCUUUCUGCCAGUCGGCUGGGAGCUAUGUGCUCAAAGGGCCAGUGACAGGCAAUGCUACGGGCGUAGCCAUCGUCCAGUCACGUCUGCCUGGUGGAAAUAUAGGCAUCCCACCAGAGCAAAGUAGGGCCAUGGCAUUGUCCUUUAUUGCAGAGUGGACAUCUGGGGAUACCCGAGAUGAAACUGAGCCAGGACUUGGAGGAAUCAGUAAUUGUCUUGGCGCCACAGGCGAGGAAUAG